UUUUCUAAUCAAAUAUAAUUUCAGUGAGUUUUUUGUACUAAAAUGGUUGGGAAGGUAGCAGGUCCUAAAGAUCCGUGUAAGAUGGUCCAAGCCAUUUUCUUUUGGCUUGGAAUUGGAACCCUACUCCCUUGGAAUAUGUUCAUCACGGUGAACGCGUAUUGGAAUCAUAAGUUCAGAAAUAUAACCCAUGAAUCUAAUGGAACCACCCAGAGCGAAGAAACGGAGGAUCUGACUGCUCUAUGGCCUGGAUAUCUGGCAGUGGCCUCUAUGGUACCCAAUGUAACCUUUCUUAUUCUAAAUGGAGUCUUUGGGCACAGGUUCAAGACCCAGCCUAGGUUACUGGCCAGCCUUAUCCUGGUCAUCAUCCUCUUCAUCUUCACCUCCGUCAUGGUCCAGAUUGAUACAGAUGAAUGGCAAUCAUCGUUCCUUUACCUCACCCUGGCUUCUGUUGUUAUUAUUAACAUCAACUCUGCUAUCUUCCAGGGUGGUAUCUUGGGAGUAGCUGGUAAGUUCCCUCCUGCCUAUAUGGGAGCUGUAUUCUCUGGUCAAGCCCUGGGAGGAAUAUUCGCGUCGGGAACAAAUGUCGUCGUCCUUGCACUCGGAGCUACUCCCACUCAGGCAGCCUUCUUCUGCUUUGUUCUGUCAGUACUGUUUCUUGGUACUGCGCUGGUUGCAUACAUGGUGGCUACACGGAGCGAGUUCUAUAAACACUAUCUAGGAGAAGGCGAUCAAUUGGAAAAACAUGAUGAUCACAAGCUAUUGGAAACAUCACCCGAUCAUAAGCCUACGAUCCCCGUGAAGGUGAACCCUCUCUCCGUGUUAGCCCAGAUCUGGCCCUACGGUUUAGCAGUCCUGCUCACCUUCCUAGUUACACUUGGAUGCUUCCCAGCUAUCACUGUCAGGGUUCAAUCAACCGAGAGUGAAGGUCUAUGGGCAACAAAGUUCUUUAUCCCUGUCAGCUGCUUCCUGCUCUUCAAUGUUGGAGAUUACCUUGGUCGGUUUCUAGCAGGACUCAUUCAGUGGCCUAAACCUGGCCGGGUUGGAGCAAUCCUUACCCUUACCUUCUCCCUACUCAGAAUCUGUUUCAUCCCGUUGUUUGUUAUCUGCAACGCGUCCCCCGGAGCCAGGACCUUGACCCCGGUUCUCCUGGAGUCGGACACAGCGUACAUUGUCAUCAUGCUCCUCUUUUCCCUCACCAACGGAUACCUGGGAUCUAUCUGCAUGAUGGGAGCUCCUCAGGUUGUGCUGAGUGAGGAGUCCCAGACCGCUGCUAGUUUGAUGGUUGCUCUGCUAGGAAUUGGAUUGGGAUCUGGAGCAUUCCUUUCAAACUUUUUCGUUAAACUACUCUAGGAACACGUGGCAAAGACGUGUUCAUUGUUCGGCUAAAAACACGUCUUCAGCACAUGUUCACAGUUAGGAAAGGAACACGUCUUACAAUUUCAACACGAGUUAAUUGUUCGGCAAGAAACAGAUGUUCAUGACACGUGUUCAAUGUCGGCUAGGGAACACGUCUUCAACUGGUAUUCAUUGUUCUGCAAGAAACAUGUCUUCAAAAAGAGUUCAUUGUUCAUGACACAUGUUCUAUGUCGGCUAGGGAACACGUCUUCAACUCGUAUUCUUUGUUCUGCAAGAAACAUCAAAAAGAGUUCAAUGUUCAGCUAGGAAUAUGUCUACUGCACGUGUUCAUUGGUCGGCAAGAAACACGUUGAAAACAUGUGUUCUGCAAUAAAUGUACGUUCUUAACACGUGUUACAUGUUCGACUAGAAGUCCAGCAGAUCUAUUGGAUCUGCCAAAAUUGAAAAUCUCAAGUGUAAACUUUUUCCUCGUUUAUCCAUUUUUCUUCACAGGAAUGGAAACUUUUUCUUAAAAUCCUGGUAUAAUAUUGUCAGAGAUCCAGGGCAGGGGUUCCUGAUCAAUUAUUCUGGAUUCAGGAAACUAACUUAAAACUGUUUAAUCUCCUAUGCAUGUGAACACUCAACAGAAACUUACAAAAUAAAAUUAGAAGAAAAAACCAACAUAUCUAAAUGCAAGCCGUACAUAAAACUAUUCUUUUGACCGUCAAAUUGUUGAUCUCUUUUUUCCUGUUGGAAAUUUCAUAUUUCUUUAUAUGUUAAGCCGAAAUUUGUUGCUAAAUGUUUUUUGGCUAUUCUCCGAUUUUUAAAAACCUCUUUGUAAUCCCCCCCCCCCCUUUAUCCUUUUUGUUAUCUUUAUUGUAUAUCUUGUAAUCUAUGUAUAUUGUACAUACUUACAUACAAUAUAGUUUAUCUAUAUUUUGUGUUAUGUAUACAUUAAAUGUUACCAGUUCGGAUCUGGCCUUAAUCUGUGCGUUCAUUGUGAACGUUUACUGAAACCAGUUGAAUUGUUCCAGUAACUUAAAGUAUAUUCAAUAUUUAUAAGCGAAAAUGUUAAUAAAUGCAGAUGGAUGUAAAUUA